CCGCCCCGCCUGCCAGGUCCACUUCGCGUCAACGAGCAAAUAAUAUCAAAUUAAAAAUGUCCAUCUCAUCAUUCCGGCGAAAGAAGCUCCUCUACGUGUUCAACGUUUUCUUCGAUGUCAAUCAGAGCGGCACCAUUGAAAGGAAAGACUUCGAGUUAGCUAUAGAGAAAAUCUGUAGCCUCCGCGGAUGGAAACCUGGAGAUGCCAAGAACACGGAGACGCAUGAAGUAAUGAUCAAGAUCUGGGAAGGACUUCGGAAGAGGGCUGACUCCAACCGGGAUGGACAGGUGUCGGUAGAGGAGUGGGUGUCCAUGUGGAACGACUACGCGCAGAACCCGUCGGGCGCGCUGCAGUGGCAGCAGCUGUACUGCCACUUCAUGUUCCAACUGGAGGACGCCAGCGCCGACGGCACCAUCGACUGCGACGAGUUCACCACCGUGUGCUCCGCCUACGGCAUCGACGCGCAGCAGUGCAAGGCGGCCUUCAGCAAGAUGGCCAAGGGCAAGGAGAACGUCUCCUGGGAGGAGUUCCAGGAGCUGUGGAAGGAGUUCUUCGCCACCGAGGACCCCAACGCGCCCGGGAACUUCAUCUUCGGCCGAACUAGCUUCUAAAGACGCGAUGUUGACACAGCAGCCGCGACACGCGGCCGAAGGCAAAACCGUCGACAUUCCUCUAGAUAUAAAUAAGACAGUUUUCCCUCGGGCGUCUUCGCACGGGCGAACGAGAACGCCGCGGCCCCAUCGCACUUUCCUCUUAAAAGCUUAAACAAGUUUUCAUAUGAAAUUAAAUUGUGAAUCGUGAGAUACGCCAUUCAUUGAAUGGCAAUCUCACUCGAUAUGUUCAUUGUGCGUGUGUGUUCGGAUCGUAAUAUAGUUAUCUUCUUAAUAUUCGAUACGCGAAUUUGUCUUCGCAAUUUUUCCCAUAUUGAAGCUCAAAAUAACUUUUCGAUUUCUUAGGGUGUGUGUAAACAACGAACCUUUUCACUGUCAACUUUCUUAUGUAGCAUAUCUCGUAGUUAUAUCUAGUUAUAGUUACUGCAUUCUAAUCUAUUGUAUUCGUUGUUUGUUUAAAGAUUCAAUAAAAGUUCGUUACAUUUAAAAUAUUUAUGUGAAGUUGUAAUAAUUUAAGGUAAUAAAGGAGAACGGAACGGCGCACUGCCACCGCUCUAGGUCUGUGUGUGUCCUGAAGAUGCAGAUGAUAUUUAGAGUUCGUUACAUGGCUAGAACCCUGACAAAGUAUUGUAUAACACACACAGUUGCAUAAUUUAGUAUACUAUCAAUUCCAGUUGUUACGCAUUUCAAACCUUUUAUUAUAUGUAUUAUAUAUUAUAAAUAAAUAAAAG